AUGACGCGCACUACAGCCGCCUGCCUCUUUACAGUCCAUUUUCUCUCGUGCAUUAUUGUAUGUCGCCAGGACAGCGGUAACAAUAGGCCUCGAGACCAAAGUACGGUCUCUGAAUCAUCACGGCGAUUUCGUACAGAGUUCUUAGAAGACUGGCCACAGGCACCAGGGGCGCCUUACUUCGAUCCUAGCACUCCUGACAACGUGACCGGCUUAGUUGGACACCCAGUUACAUUGUUAUGCAAAGUGAAGAAUUUACAAAAUCGAACAGUAUCAUGGGUUCGUCAUCGCGAUAUUCACUUAUUGACUGUGGGUCGCUAUACGUAUACUUCUGACCAGCGCUUCGAAGCACAGCACAAGCCUAGAUCUGAAGAAUGGGCAUUACGCAUCCGUAGUCCACAGAAACGAGACUCUGGACAAUAUGAGUGCCAAAUAUCUACUACACCACCUAUCGGUCACGCUGUGUACCUGAAUAUUGUAGAACCGGAAACGGAAAUAAUGGGAGGUCCGGAUUUAUUCAUCUACGCUGGAUCGACCAUAAACCUAACAUGCAUAGUGAGGCACACACCAGAGCCGCCCAGCACUAUCAAUUGGACGCAUAGAGGAAAGACGAUAAAUUUCGAUUCAACACGAGGUGGCAUAUCUUUAGUCACUGAGAAGGGAAUUCAUAGUAGCAGUAGGCUUCUGGUGCAAGCAGCACGCACGUCAGAUGCUGGAGCCUACCAAUGUGUUCCAGAUAAUGCUCAAUCUGCCACGGCUAGAGUGCACGUGUUAACUGGCGAGACUCCAGCCGCUAUGCAAGGCAAAGCGCACUGUGUAAGAGACCUGGGACUGUCCUCGCUUCUGUGUGUUGCCACCGUAAUACUAUAUUUGGCUGUUUUUGUGAUA